CACGCGCGCGCCUGGUUCCGAGGGUUUUUGGUCUCCUCCUCCUCCAAGAAGGUCCUUGUGAACUGAAGAAACCUCGAAAGGAGCUCAUGUUCUAGAACACAAGGUAUCAGGGGAAAAUCAUUAUGGAUUACAGCAACAGUUCAUGUUCUAGAACACGCAGUGGGCUUGUUAGGUUAAACAACACUAUGGAGUCCAAUGAGGUUUUGUUUUCUAAAACAAGAAGUGGGCUUGUUAGGAUAAACAGCGCUGUAAAGUCCAAUGAGGUUUUGCUUUCUAAAACAAGAAGUGGGCUUAUUAGGGGAAACGUCAACGUGAGUUCAAAUGAAGGUUCAUAUUCUGCACGAAGUGAACUUGUUGGGGGAAAUGCCACUGUGGAUUCCAACAUGGGAGAUUCAUGUUCUAAAACACGAAGUGGGCUUGUUAGAAGAAAUGCCAUAGUGGACCCUACUGAUGGUUCAUGCUCUAUAACACAAAGUGGGUUUGUUGGGGGAAAUGCCACUUCAGAUUCCAAUGAAGGAUCGUUCUCUAAAACACGAAGUGGGCUUGUUAGGGGAGACCGUGUUGUGAACCUCAGUGAAGAUUCAUCUUCUAAAACACGAAGUGGGCUUGCUAGGGGAAACACUACCAUGGAUGCCAGCGAUGAUGGUUCAUACUCUGCAACACGAAGCAGGCUCGUUAGAGGAAACAUCGUUGUGGAUUCCAAAGAGCACUUACAUUCCAGAACACGAAGUGGACUUGUCGGUGAAAGCAUCCAGAUGGACUACAGUGAUAGUUCAUGCUCUAGAACUCGAAGCGGGCUCAUCAGAAGAAAACCCUGUGCGGUUCAAAUCAAGGAUGAACCUAUCAUGAAUGGGCUGUCUGAAAGAGGGCAUCUCAAGAGUAAUCUGGUUGAAAGCAAGGAUAAACCAGUCAUGAAGGGGCCUGAUGGAUGGUGGAAAGAAGACAUGCUAAUAAAGAAUGAGUCAGAGCAUAGGAGUGACCCAGUCCAGAGAAAGGAUGAGCUAACCAUUAAUGGGCUUCCUGAUGGAUGGUGGAAAGAGGACAGGCCCAGGAAGAAUGGAUCAAAUCAGAAGACUGAUCCGUAUUACAUUGAUCCAGUCAGUGGAUAUGAAUUUCGCUCUCUGAAGGAUGUGCACCGUUUUCUUAAAUCAGGGGACAUUUAUAAAUGCACUAUAAGGCCAAGAAAGAGAACCGUCCAAGAUCCUCAUACCAUUGAAAACCAAUCUCAAACAGCAACAUUGUUGCAACGCACAAGGCCAGGUACUGCUGAUAAGGCUAUUCAAUGUGAACUGCUAACUUCAGAAGGUAUCAUGCUGCCGAUGCCUGAGUUGGAGAGCAUGAUAGCAGCUCAAAGACAUGCCAACAUAGUUGAUGCUUUGCAGUACAAAAGUGUACUAUCAGCCUCUGCAGAGGAUGCUCCAAGGGAAAAGAAAUCCUUUAAAAGAAAAAGAAAAGAACCAAAUGCAGAAGUGAAGCCCAAGAAACAUAAAGUCAUCUCUGCAAAAAUGGUUGCCACACCUCUCCGAGCAUCACCCCGCUUAGCAUCACUGAAGAUCACUCAUGAUUUAAAUACCCAGCCUGAAGAUGAACCUGUCAGUGUACCUCUUUUCAAUGAGGUACAGACUAUUCAAGAAAAUUCAACUGACAAGUCAUGCUUGAGCCAAGCAGGCGUAGCCGUUCAAAUGCAGACUAUUCAGGAGAGCAUUGCCAAUCAGUUACAUUCAAGCCAAGCAGACACUGCUAAUCACAUACAUGUUGAGGAGGGGGACACUACUGAUUACUCACUGCUCAGACAAGCAGACACUGUGAAUCAAACAAAUCAGGAAAGUGCAACCAGUCAGUCACAGUCGGGCCAUGCAGACUCUUUUGUUCAAAUACAAACCAGACAAGAGUACAUUACCACUCACUCACAAUCACAGUUUAGUCAUUCAGCCACUGUGAAUCAAAUACAGAUUAAUCAAGGAAACAUGGUCAAUCAGUUGCAUUCUAGCCAAGCAGAACACGAAAAUUCUGCCAGUCAGUUAAAGUCAAACAAAGCAGCCUCUGUCACUGAAAUACAGGCGAUACAAGAAACCAUAACUGAUCAGUCAGAGUUGCAACUGAGCCAUGCAAAUCAAAAACAGACUGAUCUACGAAACACUGUUGAUCAGUUGCAGUCGAGCCAAGCACACAACAUAUUUCAAAUGCAAACUACACCAGAAUACACUGCGAACCAGUCUCGGUUCAGGCAAGCAGAUACCAUGAACCAUAUACGGUUCAAUCAGGAUAACACUGCCAAUCACUUUCAGUUGAGACAAGCUGACACAGUCAACAAAAUUCGAACUAUGCAUGAAAGCACCACUGAUCAGCCACAGCUCAUCCAAGCUAUAUCUGUAAAUCAGAUACAUGCCAAUGGAGAAAACACUGCCAAUUACUUGCAGUCAAGGAAAGCAGACGCUGUGAAUCAUAUACAGGUUAAUCAGGGAAACAUUGCAAAUCGGUUCCAGUUGAGGCAAGCUGACACAGUCAACGAAAUGUUUACUAUGCAAGAGAGCACCACCAGUCAGCCACAGUUCAUCCAGCCUUUCAACGUGAAUCAUGGGGAAAAUAUUGCCAACCACUUGCAGCCAAAUUAUGCUGAAAAUAAUAUCCUGCAAGGUGGUUUCUCAUUAUUUUCUGAGCCAGAGGAAGCGCCUGUCACAAACUUUUGGAAAAAUGUUGAAAAUCACGAGUUACCUGUUUCUAUGCAAACAGAUGAAGAACCUGUUGUGAGAUCUGUGUUAAAUGUUGAAUGCCAAAAUGUGCCAGCAACAGCACCUGCUCAGCCAACACGGGCAGCGCUUUCUGGAGCAGUGGCUGAUCCUUCUGGGCUGGCUGUGCCAUCUCUAUUUGGAAAUUCUUGGUCAGAUCCGUGCAUUGAGUUUGCCUUCAAGACACUUACAGGUGACAUUCCAGUUUUGGAUGAUACUUCCGCAGUUGAAGAGUACUUCCCUCAACAUGACCUGAAUAAACUUCCAUCGGAUUAUUCUGCUUCACCAAGUUGUUUCACUUCCUCUCUUGACAAUACUAGAAGCUUUACGCAAGUCAACAAUGUCAGCGUCCCAACACCACAUCCUUCGGAUAAACCAUACAAUGGUGGUUGGUUCCCUCCCAAACGAUUUCCCUAGAAAUUAAAGAACUGCAGCUAAAUGCUACAGAGGAAAACCCAUGUUCCAAAACCUGGAGCAAUAGUCUGGUACCAUAUUUGUUAGAACCACGAUGUAAUUCAUGAACGCUCAGUGAUGGUAUAUGCUGUAAAACGAUUGUGUCUUGUUCUAACUUGUGUAGACUAAAAUGUACAUCCAACUAGAUGUUCCCUUGUAGGAUUAUAACAUAGCUUCCGAAGAGAAUGCCGAGUAGUAGGAUCAACGUUGUUAGCUGUUCUUUUGGUUGUGUACUUUGUGUGCAGUUGCUGGGGAAUUAAUAACAUGCACUCUCAGAGCCAGCUCAGGAAUGUGCCAUCGCAAGGACUGCCUUAAUUAUUUGCGAAAAAUUCUGCUAUGUGGAUGAUGAACACUUUAAUUUUGAUUUCACUGCAAACAUGUAAUGAAUUAUAUUAUGAUGGAUGGUAAAAAUGCUACUGCAUUCAAGUCAGUAAUGCUUAAUCUUUGAUGCACUUCUGGUUUGUUGCUCUGAUUUAAU